CAGGCAGCAUUACACAAUUGGGCCAAUGCUGGCUGAGCGUUGCCAGUAUCGCCAGUGCCGGCAUCGCUCUCGCAGCACUGGCCCAUCAGCGGGCCAACGUGGGCCAGCCAAUGCCAGAUAACAACUCAGCUGGGUUCCGCUCACACCCUCGCAAGGCGACAGUAGCCCCAUACAGUGCCACGCUCUUAUCAGUAAUCUGCCCUGAACACUCAAAGUUGAUAUUAAAUACCAUCUUUUAUAGGAAGAAAAAAAAUGAUAUAUAUAUAAAUUGUUUGGUCAUGAGUACUAAAAUAAGGAAUAUAUGCCUCUGGUAAUUAUUUAGAGAAAUCAAAUAAUUAUAAUAAGGAAUAAAAACUGUUUAUGUAUCACUUUACCGCGGAUCAAGCUAACGGUUACAUUCCAUUCUACAAGUGGGUCAUUCUUCCUGUUGAUAUCUUUGUCUCUAAAUUUCCCCAUUUCAACAACAGAAAAUGCACUGCAUUGUGAAGUUCUUGAAAAGUGAUGAAAUCGGCCUUAUUCCUGAUACGUGGUUGGAAGGGGAUAGGUUCUGCUACUGGCCGAAAUACAAGAACUCCAAUCAAAUGGACAGAGCCGUAAAAUCUUCAAUCGAACCAGAUAAGGAUACCUGGAAGAUUUAUGAAAUAUCCAUCAUGUACAAGAAUGCAUCAUAUGACAAGGCUAGGAGGAAGUUGCCACUAGCUGAAGAGACAUCCAACCUGGAUACAGAGAUGGAGGAAGAGGGACAGAUAGAUACAAGGAAAAGAAGGCCACCUACUAAAUACCUGUCAACUGACAGUGAGGACGAAGAGGAAAGGCAACCCCAUACCCACACCAAAAAGACCAAAAUUAUGGACAGGAGUGGCAUGGUUAGAAGGCUGCCUACACCACCUCCUGUUCCGACUGAGGUUGAUAACGAACCCCUGGUUCUGCGACGAUCUCCAAGGAAAUCGGCGCAUCAAAAGGAGCAUGCAUAUGUUACUUCAAACUCAAGCCUAACAACGCCCACAACAGACAGAAGUUUGUCAUCUCCUUGGCCAUCAGCAACCAGGGCGAGACUGGUGACACCUUCAACCUCUUCACACAGCCCAAUGCCAGAUUUCCCUAGUACACCAGCCCGACCGCAAACUAGUUUUCCAUCAAGAGCAACAGGUUCAUUGACAUCUGUUGGUACCAGCAGAGAGGUUGUCCAAAUAAUCAGAGCCAUCGAAACCAACACAGCGACCACGAUGGAAAACAACAGACUGCUUAACCAGUUGUUGUUAUUGAUGUCAGCUCCAGCACAAUCAACAUCUGAGCAACCGUCCUUAGACCUGCCUCUUGACAAUAUUCAAGACCUGGAGGAGGCAAACACUUCUUUGUCGGAUGCUACUCUAUUCAGGAGUGUGGUCUCACAACUUGGUGUCAUCGGGGGCAUGAGCGCUGCAGACACGGUGAGACGCAUCCUGUCGGCGGCCAUAACAAACAAGCUGGCAAAACAAAUAAAUUGGAAAGGGACAUCCGGGAAGAGGGCCUUUAAAGAUAUGCCACUAAAGGAUGUUAUCAUUAAAGCCACCCGAAAGAACCCACUGGUCCAGAAAACAAAUAAUGAGAUAGAAGAUCAUAUAAAAUUGUGGUUUCGCUAUGCCCCUGACAGGGACGGAGGAAGAAAGGAGAGGAUCCUUAAGGCCUUACAAAAGAAGGCAGCAGCUACCGCAGCUGCACCAGCUACUCCCAAUGGAGAGUAGUUUGCUGAACCAGACUAAGAACACAUAUUACUUUUAUACGUGUGUUCAAAUUCACAUCAUUAAUGUUCUGGGAGGCAUAUUUAUUCAAAUAUUAGCUAUUUACAUGUAAAUAAACAAGGAGAUGGAUCACCUGGUUGUUUGUUACAUUUUUCCGACUAUGCAGGACUUGAUGAAUUGGAUUUGCAUUAUACAGUUUUGUGGUAGACUGACCAAGAAUUUCUUUAUUUUAAACACUGUGGUGACACUGCUAAUGAGUUUCUUUGAAAAUCAUCGUUAAGUCUUCACUGUCGCUUGCAUAACCUUGAACUACUUACCAUAGUCUGAAAUUACAGGAAAGGUAAUUUUAAACUUGCCAACAUUGGACCAACAUUGGACCAACAUUGGACCAACAUUGGACCAACAGUGGGCCAACAUUGGGCCAAUGAUGGCUCACAAAUGACAACCAAUGUUGGCCCAAUGCUGCCCCAUCGUUGA